GGCCGGGCUGGGUCCUCCCGUUUGCUGCCGCUCGGCACCUGGCGCUGUGCAGCGCUGGGCCGGGCAGCGGCUCCUUCGGCCGGGGUGGCCCGCGGUUCACCUGAAACUGGACGAAAGAAGAGAAUGGAUAUGGGUAACCAACACCCAUCCAUAAAACGGUUGCAUGAAAUACAGAAAGAAGUCAAAGAAAUUGAACAGCAAGUCCUUGUCUUCAGUGGUCUGUCUACUGAUCGAGAUUACAAGAAAUUAGAAAGGAGUCUUACCAAACAGCUUUUUGAAAUAGAUUCUGUAGACACUGAAGGAAAGGGGGAUAUUCAGCAAGCCAGAAAGCGAGCUGCUCAGGAAACAGAGAGGCUGCUUAAGGAACUGGAACAAAAUGCAAACCAUCCCUGCAGACUGGAAAUAGAGGCUAUAUUCAAAGAGGCACAGUCCCUUGUGGAACGUGAGCUUACACCUUUUUACAAAGGAGGUAACUGCAUAAGUGACGAAUUUGAAGAAGGUAUUCAGGACAUUAUAUUGAGGCUCACCCAGGUGAAAACUGGAGGGAAAAUUUCUCUACGCAAAGCAAGAUACCGCACCCUGACAAAGAUAUGUGCUGUUCAGGAGAUUAUAGAAAGCUGUGUAAAGCAACAGCUGUCCCUGCCACUCUCCAAUGAUGCACAUCCUUCUGUCUCCAAAAUUAACUCUGUAAUGUGUGAUGUGAACAAAGCAAGAGGAACUCUUAUUGCACUUCUAAUGGGAGUGAGUAGUAAUGAUACCUGCAGGCAUCUCUCCUGUGUGCUUACAGGCCUGAUUGCUGAUUUGGAUGCUUUAGAUGUCUGUGGUCACAUAGAAAUAAGAAAUUACAGAAAGGAAGUUGUGGAAGAGAUCAAUAAAUUGCAGGAAUACCUGGACCUGGAAGAAGCAGCAAAUUCUACCCAUGCUUAUGAUUUGGCACAAAAUCAGUCCAUUCUAAAAAUAGAAGAGAUACGGAAGAAAACGAAGGAACUUAAUGCUCUGCUUUUAAAAACAGAGAAUGCUUCUGAUUUGUAUUUGGGAUCCAAAGCAGAAUUGCAGGGAUUAAUUGCCCUCUUGGAUGAAGUGAGUACAGGAAAAAACCCCUGUAUUAGAGAAGCCAGGAGGAGAGCAGUAAUAGAAGUUCAGACUCUUAUAACAUACAUUGAUUUGAAGGAAGCACUUGAGAAAAGGAAAAUGUAUCCUGAGCGAACUGCUGCUGAGCAUCAGUCUCAUAAAGCAGUUUGGACUGUUCUUGGAAACCUGUCUCAAAUUCAGCAGGAAGUGAUUUCAUUUGAUGGAAACAGAACAGAUAAAAAUUACAUGAGAUUGGAAGAACUCCUUACAAAACAACUUCUAGCGCUUGAUGCUGUUGACCCACAAGGUGAAGAGCGGUGUAAGGCUGCCAGAAAGCAAGCAGUAAAGUUUGCACAGAAUAUUCUUUACUAUCUGGACAUGAAAACAGAUGAAUGGGAAUACUGAAACAGCCAUGGCCUAACACAGAAGAAUUUUUUUUUCCUUUGGCACUUUAUGCAGAUCACUGGCAGUACAUAAUAAAAGUGGUGUGUUCUGUGCUUGCUUCAGUCACGGAGAUUGCGUAAGCAGUUGACUUGGCUGUACUCGAGUCUGGUAUCCUACGCAGUCACCCACUUGCCAUGGCAACUGUCAGUACACCAUCACCAACUCUGGUCAUUGCUAUAAGCAAAGAAGUGUGAUUUUUCUGAAGGAAUAGCUUAAUACUUGAUCAAAUGGCUUCUUUUUUUUUUUUCUGUUUUAAUCACCUUGUGCAGUGUUCGUUGAAUACAAAUUUUUCAAAGAUGCAGAAACUUCUUUAUGGUACUGUUCUGAUAUAACUAUUUAAAGGAGAUUGGACAUGGAAAUUACUACUCAAGCAGGAGGCACCAUCCAUCAGUUGCAUAGCAGCCUGGGUAUUCCCUUAAUGUGUUGUUACAUAAAGUAUGUAGGACAAAAAACCUGCUGGCUUUUGGGUUGUAAUUGAUAUAUUUCAUCCAUCACACCUUUCUGGGUGUUUAGAUUUCUAAGUUGAUGGAGCUAUGAAGCCAACUGCAAAUUAGCAUUUGCAUAGGGAAAGCCAAUUACAACUUUUUUGUAAUAUCUGAGCCCUCUGAUUUGCAAAAACAGUUUUUGUGUUGAUGUAAACUAAUGCUUUUGGGUACUAAGACUUGAAAAUCUGUACAUGUAUACUGACCAGAUGAAUGGGGUUUCAAGCAUUUCACACUGCCAUCCAUAAACCCCUGAAAGCUGCCCUGAACUUUAGUCAGUGGCUGCUUUGGUGUCUUUUAAAAUUCUGUUGUUAGAUCUGGUUUUGACUUGUCUUUUCACAUUUGAUGAAAACAGAAACAGGAUUCACUUUGACAUGAUUGAGUGUUUUGAAAUUAUUUUUGUAAAAUUGAAUUGUUAGCUAUAAAUAUGUCCCUAAUGAUGUAAAUGUGUUAUGUAUUUCGUACUGGACAGGUGUGGCUUCAAGCAAGUUUUGGAAAAGACUUGUAGCAAAUGUCUCUCCUUGCAACUCAUCACUUAAUUGUUUAGAAACUUAGUAAAUAAGCUUGCUUGUACUAUUGUGUACACCUACCUUUUUAUUUGUGGCUGCUAGUGCCAAUCACAUUUCUACUCUAGCAUGUUUUUUGGCAUUUUUUGAGAGCAUGGCAUUAAAAUGAAUUAAUCAUAAAGAUAUAUUUAAUUAUGGAUAGUUUGCACUCAGCUCUUUCCUGUUGGAUUAAUGAAUUAUUGUUCUAUAGUUUGCACCACUUUAGGGAGUAAAAAACAUUUCUGAUGUUAAAUAUUUUUAGAUAUAUUUUUGACUGAUUAGAGAAGAAGUACUGUCUGUGAGAGACAAGUGCCUUUAUGACACCAGUAACUUGCACCUUUUUAUUUAGAUAGAGGAACUAUUUACUGGCAGCUUGAGACAUUUGCAAUCUUUGCAAACUGGACUUCUCAUAUAAAUACAUACUAUAUAUAUAUAUAUAUAUAUAUAAUUCUACUAUAGUAUGUGUCAAAUUAACAUAGAUGACCAUUAAAAUGUAGAGUCCCCAGAAUUAGUAUCAGAUUUGGAAAGUGGGGAUUCUGCUUAAAAACAAAUGAAUUGGUGUGGAGAGAUGGGACAUAUUUGGCAGGUCUGUGCCUAUUACUCCAAGAAGCAGAGAAUAUAUUUGCUCCAUAACAUGCUUUGAGAUAUUCAGGAGAGGGUGUGUAAUUUUGGGAUAUGAAUAUAUUUUGAUUGUACAGGUGAUUGCUUUGCAAUUUUGCUUGCAAAAAGAUCUAUUUUUUUCAAAUAGACAAGACAAUUAUGCCUAAGGCACAAUUUGGCAAUGACAGAAUGUUUGUUGGAGAAUUCUCUCUGCUUCUUCAGAGCUACAACCCUGUUGAAUUUAUUGCUCCUUACCUCAAAAAAAAAAAUCCCCUACCUAAAAUUUUGAUCUGUGUUUAUAUGUUAUGUGGGUAACACAAUAAUGUUGUAGACCUGAAUUAUUUGCUCAUUUCAAACUUUAUACACAUUUAAGCUGCAACUUUUAGUUUGCAGUUAUAUUUUUAGGAAAUAUAAGGAUUUGAUAGAGUAAUGAUAUUAUUAACUUUUCUUUAGUGUUACCAUCAGAUCUGCAGUGGUUACUUGUAGAUUGCUUAACAAUUUAGUGUCCGUGUUAUUUGGAGGUUACAUGUAACUUUAUAAAUGUUUGAACCUUUUACAUAAAAAUGAGUAAGUAUUGUUUUCAGAUCAGACAUUUAUGCCUUCAUCUCAAAGGAGGCAAAUGUUUGAGGUCAGUGUAAUUUUGAUUAAUGAAUAGAGUUCAGUAGCAAGGUAUUGUGUGGAGUAAGAUUUUUUCCCAUUGUUUUGUAAUUUCAUAAAAGGACUUUUAAAAUUUUAUGGUAAAAUACUCAUCUGGAAUGGGAUUAAUUCACAGUUUUUGCAUGACUAGAAAUAAUAAAUAUGCUUAACCAAAAAAACAAUGCACAAAUUUCUCAAAAUCUUGCUUUUGUGCUGAAGAAUGUAAUUUCUUUGUUUUUUUAAUCCAAAGAUUGUGGGACACACAACUUUUCUUUGAGAAACAGCAGGCUGAAAUAAUUGGAAAAUGUAAAAAAUGGACCAAAUUGCAAAAGGCUGCAUUCUGGUACUAUACUGAAAUAUAAUAACUUUUACAUGUGCUGUGUGUUAUACCUUAGAGCAAAAUAAACAAUUUGAUAUAUGGGGGAAAGGUAAUCGUACACUGUGAUUCCUGUUUGUUAAUUGUAUUUCUUUUAAAACUAAUUUUCCUUAGUUAUUUCUGUGUUUUAUUUUUGUUCUUUACCACUCAAAGUGGGUUUGCAAUGUCAGCAGUUUGGAGGGUAUCUUUAAAUAGGGAUCCUGCUUUUUCAAUUUAACAGAAAUUGGUGUCUGUGCUCCUGAGAGUCUGUAUGUCUUGAUUUAUUGCUGUGUAGGAUAUGACAUUUGUAUAUACAAAUAUAAAAUGAAAUAUUGCAGUGUUAUAUUCUUGAUUAUUAAUAAACAAAAACAUCGCUACCUUUUACUAUCUAUUAAUUUGAAUGUUAUGCCCUGCUGCCUUUCUCUAUUUAUUUUUGAAUGUAAAUUACCUGAAUGUAAAUUAUUUUUGUCUUAGAAAAAGUUGUUUUAUUAAACAUAUAGACACAAAGCUCUGUAUUAUUUUUUCCCCUCUUUUAAAAGUUUGCUUUUAACUGCUGUAUUUAUGCCAUUAAAGAUCUUUGCGUGGAAA